AAAAAAAAAGGGCGGGGGAGACUGAAGCUGUCAGGGUUAUCUGUCCGCUGUGGGCCCCAGCCUGCUGUGGAUGAGGUAAUGAAACUUAAGGCCAAAGCGGGUGGGGGUGGGGGUAACAGUGGGAGGAAAGGAACUGCAGGCCAAGGCAGACAUGGGGCAGGCGGGCGCACUGAGUUUCCUGGACACCUGCAGGGCUCCAAGGUCCUGCUCCCUUCCGGAAAUCUCUCCCAAGUUUUCUCCAAUCGCAGUCUCAGCCCCUGUCCCCGUUUGGGGCACCAACACCAACGUGGAAGAGGAGACUGCAGCUGCCAGCUUUUGACCUGUGUGCCACCCGGAGCUAAAGGCACAGCCAUGUGACCCCUGGGAGUUUCCUCUCUAAAUCAUCCGUGCCUCCCCGCUGCCCUCCUCUACAGCAGGAGAGCUGCCUGCGAUGCCGCUUACUUUGUGAGAGGAGUGCAAAACCAUCUGUGUGCUGCGGAGCACAGCAGGCUGAGACCGUGCUGGCAGGAAGAGGAACGUUAGCGCUGAUUUUCUCCUGGGCGGGGGAGGAGCUUGGCACUUUGGAGGUAACUGGGUACCUUACAAGCUAAAAGAAAGGGAAGGUGAGGCAGAGUCCAGGAGCAGGAACCAAGAGGAAAACAGGCUUCACCCGGCAGGGGAGUGAAGCCGAGACAGAAGGAAGGGGAAGGCAGCGUGGGGUGAGGCAGGGCAGCGUGGAGUUAGCCAAAAGAAAGCCGAACUGGGGCUUGUGCACAAUUAUGAUGAACCAUUGCAAGGAGUCAGGUGUCGCGUCUGGCUGGGGAACAUGAUCCCGAUCCCAGGAGGUCAGCUGGUAGCCCCUGAUGCAUUUUAUUUAUCUAUGAAGCACACUUGGAAAACUGGGACAUUUCACAUGUAAAUCUGAGAGUUCUGGCAGCGCUCGGCUCACAUGUCAGCAGAGCAGUCGAAGAGGAGCUGGGUUUACCAAGGCCCCUGCCUCGCUUGCCCUGUGAGCCUUGGUGCUCUUCAGCCCACCCCCUCUUUCUGUGACUGCCCGGCUCCCAUGGGGGCUGCAGCUUCUUCUAGGACUCGCCUGUGGAUUCUUGCUUAUUGUGCUCUCCACCCUAUGGAGAGCACCCUAUUGGAGGUCAGGAACCUGCUCGGCUUGGUUCCCUCUGCUGGCCCAAGAGUCUACUCAGUGCCACAGCGUACCAUACUAGAUUCCUUGCAACCCAUCUAAGGAGGCAUGAUACCUUUCACACUCUGCCUGAGGUCCUGCUUUCCCUCUGCCACAAAGAGCUUGAUUCUAUCAAAGAAAGCAAUUAUCAGAAAGGCAUCUGGCAUGGCUGGGGGGCUGUGCCGAGCCAGCAUAGUGGUCCUGCACAGGUCCCUGGCACCAGCUUUUGAAAAGUUCUGCCAGGCCAACCGAGGUCCUCUGCCCCUGCUGGGCCAGUGUAAGCCGGAGAUGUGGAUGUUGCCCUCCCCGGGGGCUGUUCCUGACAUCAGCCAGAAAGCUGCCUGCACAGAACUCAGAGGAAAAACACGUGUGUCACUAAGAAAAGGCAUCGGCUUGUGGUGUGUGCUCCUCCAGCUCUUAGACUCAGCAGCGCCACCUAUCCACGGCUUCAGGACAGGUUGUCCCCAGUUCCAGAAAUACGAGUCUGGUGCCUGCACAGGCCUCCUGUCUUCGCUGAAGGAGUACUCAGAGCAGCUGAAGGACAUGGUAACCUUUGUCUUGGACUGCAGCUUCUCUCUGGAAGAGGCCUUGGAGAAGGCCGCGCUCUCCAGAAGAGACCCAGCAGGUCACAGCCAUGCAGCAGCAUAUAAGACAACCGUGCCUUGUGCCGCUGUUGCUGGUUUCUGCUGCCCCCUGGUGGUCACAAUGAGGCCCAUUCCCAAGGACAAACUGGAAAGGCUUCUGCAGGUCACUUGUUCCAUGGCUGGUGAGCAAGGACAACCCAUCCACAUCGGCCACCCAGAACUGUUGGGAAUCAAAGAGCUUUCCAAACCUGACUAUGGGGACCACGUGGCGUGUCAGCCAGGGGACGUCCCGGUGUUCUGGCCUUCUCAGCUGACCAGUCUCGAAGCCGUCAGCAGCUGCAAUACUCCACUGCCUUUCACCAGCGUGCCAGGUUGCACAAUUAUGACCCAUCUGAAAGACGCAAAGACCCCACCCCAGUGUCUCACCCCUGAGACAGUUCUAGAAAUCCAUCUCAUUUCCCAAGACCCUUUGCGCUACAGCAUCACGUCAGCUCCAGCCGUUCGGAAGAUCAGAGAACUAGAGCUGACAAUUGCCAUAGACCCAGGCAACCGAGGGAUCGGGUCCCUGUUCUGCAAAGAUGAGCUGCUGAAGGCUUCUCUAUCGCUGUCCCAUGCCCGCUCGGUGCUGGUCACCACCGGGUUGCCCACGCAUUUCAAUCAUGAGCCCCCAGAGGAGACAGACGGUCCCCCGGGAGCCAUCGCUCUGGCCGCCUUCCUGCAGGCUCUGGGGAAGGAGGUCUCCAUGGUGGUUGACCAGAGAGCCUUGAGCUUGCACAGGAAGCUUGUUGACGAUGCUGUGGAGCAAGGUGUUCUGAAGACAUGGAUCCCAGUAUUAACUUACCAAGGUGGAUCGGUGGAAGAUGCUCAGGGCUUUCUAUGCAAAGAUGGGGACCCCAAGUCGCCCAGAUUUGACCACCUGGUGGCCAUAGAGCGUGCUGGAAGGGCUGCUGAUGGCAAUUACUACAACGCCAGGAGGAGGAACAUGAAGCACUUAGUGGACCCCAUUGACGAUCUUUUCCUCGCAGCACAGAAGAUUCCUGGAAUCUCAUCAACGGGAGUCGGUGAUGGAGGCAAUGAGCUUGGGAUGGGCAAAGUGAAGGAGGCUGUGAAGAGACAUAUACGAAAUGGGGACGUCAUCGCCUGUGAUGUAGAGGCUGACUUUGCUGUCAUUGCUGGCGUUUCUAACUGGGGUGGCUACGCCUUGGCCUGCGCGCUCUUCAUCCUGAACUCAUGUGAGGUCCAUGGGCGAUAUCUGAGGAAGGCAGUUGGACCCUCCACAACAGCGGGGGAGCAGGGCUGGACUCAGGCCCUGCCAUCUGUUGCGAAGCUGGAGGAAAACAGCAGAUGGAGAUGUAUUUGUGUUGAAGAUUUCUCCCACUCCGCUCUGGCCAACCCACAGACCAGUGUAUACAGACAGGAAGAUGAGCCGUCGCCUUACUAAGCAAUACUGGAUACAGUUAAUCCUUGGUGAUAAACAUGCUGUCUUCCACCGCUGAGAAGAUUUUCCAGCCUGAAGAGGCUUGUCAACCAGUGUGGGCCUCCUCAGACAACACCCAACCAUUGAGGAAACACCCAAAGAGAUGAAUGCAGUGGGUCUUUCUGCCGUGGGACUCUCCUCUGGUAAGGAGGGGAUCAUCUGAUGCAGCACCCUUUGCUCUGGCAGGAGCUACACAGCAGGUACAAAGGGUCAAGUGGCCAAAGACAGAGGGAGUAGCAUUCUCCAAACCACAGGACUGGGUCCUGUCCUCAAAAGUUAAAUCCCAGAGUGGAUUUUCAAGCAGAGAGAAAACCUGGCUUCACUGGAGGGCUCUGUCCUUGACCAUUUGUUGGAUGGUCAAGAGCGAAUACUCCAAUUGCCCUGAAUUUUCUCUGAGGCAAUUCCAGGAAUUUUAUGAUUGCUCUGAGAGUUCAAGAGCCCUCUAGAUGUCCCUGGUGAUGGAAGACCCCUCCUGCAGAAAGAAUGCAGCACACCCCACUGUGGCUGGUUACUUUUCUUUAUUUGCAGACUGAAGCUUGCUACAUAAAUCCAUUUGCACAGUCCAACACAUGUAUGCCUCUUGUGUAUACAUGGUAUAAAAGAUAGGACAAUACAAAAAAUACACUUCUCCAUAGUAAACAGAACUGCUCUCAACUCAUCCAGUCCAUGCCAGCAGGAACGCCUGUGUUUAAGGUCAAAAUUAGGGAAGAAUACUGUGGAAUGAAGAGGCUUGAGGGCUUAGCCAAUGCUAUUGCCCCAGCAAGAUCCUGGUUCUUCUUCCAGGAAAAAGAAGAGAACCUCCCACAUCAUUUGAGGCUCAGUUCCACAAGGAAUUGGAGUGGGGCUUCAUAGCCAAGUGUAGGCGUGGAAUCACAAUAUGCACCCUUCCUAGGGCAUAUCCAGCUUGGGUCAUCUGCCUCUGGGCUCCUCUGAUAGAAGGAUUAAGGGACACAGCUAAAGGAUGAGCCUCCUUGAGGUUGGUGAGAAGAGGGAAGGAAGAUUAAAGAUGAAGUUCUCCCUUCCCUCCCAACCUCCACUCUUAGCAGAGUUCACAAAUGUUCUACUGAUGCCAGCCACUACAUAUUCCCUGCCCUAGAUCCCUCGCCACCUUCAGCUUCCCUAGCUUUUGGUGUGGAGGGAUUCAAACCUCAGGUCUUUAAGGGCAGAAGCCAGAGCUGGCCGCAGCCCCAUACAGAAAGUCUAAAGCACUAGCAUUUCCGUGAAGGUGGUCCUCUGGGGCAGCAAGCGGCUCCUCUGGCCCUUGUUGUGUUCAUCAGGCUAGGGCUGUGCUUCGCACACUACAAAAGCCAAGCCCCUAGUUUGAACAAGUCAGACAAGGCUGAAGAACCCCACACACCUUCUCAGCUGCUCUCCAGAGAACUUUGAGAGGGUGGCUGUCUGGGAGCAGGAAGCUUUACUGCAAAAGAGAACAGGAGAAACCUGUGCACGUGCUGAGGGUGAGAAGAACACCUCAACAGGGCCAAGCACAAAGCUGCAGGAGACAAGCCUUGUACCUAGCCUUCCGGGACAGGACAGACUUGGUGGUCUGAGUCCUGGGCUUCAUAUAUCCACAGAUCCACUGUCAUCUCCAGGUAGGUGAGGUGGGACAUCGGGCAGAACAGCCUGGAUGGCAAACAGGCAAGGUGAGUUCCAGGCCACCUCUCCUCUUGGUCACAGGAGCUAUUUAAGCCGAAGUGGA